AUGGACGGCAAUGAUACGUUCAGCCAUAAUGUGCUUCCCACAUCUCAUUCUCUGUUUACAACAAAUGUCAAGGGGAAUGAUGAAGAACCCACCACCAGUUAUGACUAUGAUUACAGUGAACCCUGCCGAAAGACCAGCGUGGGACAAAUCGAAGCACAGCUCCUGCCGCCGCUCUACUCACUGGUGUUCAUCUUUGGUUUUGUGGGCAACUUGCUGGUUGUCCUCAUCCUAAUCAACUGCAAAAAGCUGAAGAGCAUGACUGACAUCUACCUGCUUAACCUGGCCAUCUCUGACCUGCUGUUCCUCCUCACCAUGCCGUUCUGGGCUCACUAUGCUGCAGACCAGUGGGUUUUUGGGAAUGCGAUGUGCAAAUUUUUCACAGGGCUGUAUCACAUUGGUUAUUUUGGUGGAAUCUUCUUCAUCAUCCUCUUGACAAUCGAUAGGUACCUGGCUAUCGUCCAUGCUGUGUUUGCUUUAAAAGCCAGGACAGUCACCUUUGGGGUGGUGACAAGUGGGGUCACCUGGGUGGUGGCUGUGUUUGCCUCUCUCCCAGGAAUCAUCUUUAUCAAAUCCCUCGAAGAACAUUCAGGUUACGCCUGUGCCCCUUAUUUUCCACUAGGAUGGAAGAAUUUCCAUACAGUUAUGAGGAGCAUCUUGGGGCUGGUGCUGCCACUGCUUGUCAUGAUCGUCUGCUACUCGGGAAUCAUAAAAACCCUGCUCCGGUGUCGCAACGAGAAGAAGAAGCACAAGGCUGUGAGGCUCAUCUUCGUGAUCAUGAUUGUCUACUUUCUCUUCUGGGCUCCCUACAACAUCGUCCUUCUCCUGAGCACCUUCCAGGAAUUCUUUGGCCUGAGUACCUGUAAGAGCAGCAGCCAGCUGGACCAGGCCAUGCAGGUGACAGAGACCCUGGGGAUGACGCACUGCUGCAUCAACCCCAUCAUCUACGCCUUCGUGGGCGAGAAGUUCAGGAGGUAUCUCUCUGUGUUCUUCCGAAAGCACAUUGCCAAACACCUCUGCAAACAAUGCCCGGUUUUCUAUGGGGAGACAGGAGAUCGAGUGAGUUCAACAUACACCCAUUCCACUGGGGAACAGGAAGUCUCAGCUGCUUUAUAG